AUGACUGUAAAACCAAGCAUUGUUGCCGGACAUUCAGUGAUCAAUAAUCCUACCAGAAUAUAUAAAGUAGACGUAUCUGUGUAUGAUUUAUACUUGAACGGAGCGAAAGUCACGAAACUCGAUUUGGACCCAGGCGGGGUUUAUUUGGUUACAUUAGUCAACAGCACAGCAAGAGUUUUUGUAGUAACGGAACCGAAUUCUGUGCAUGUCUUUUGGAUGCUACCUCAGGCUGUUGUGUUGAUACUAGGAGAAAUUUACUUUAGUAUUACUUAUGAUCAAUUUAUUUAUACUGAAGCGCCGAUGCCCUGUAAGGUAAUUGUUGCAGCAUUUCACAAUUUCUUCACCGCCAUUGUAGAGAUUUUAAUAGAAAAUAUAGUUAAAAUUGAAGGCAUAGAUGUGGAUCAUAAACUUCAUCUGCAUGCACUUUUGCUUAUAUUGUGCAUGCUAGUGCUGUUUAUAGUCGGAAAGAGAUUUCGUGCUUUAUCAACUAACAAUGUUCUGUUUUAA